UCUUGAUAGCUACAUAUCCUUCAUGCAGGGUAUUGUGCUGGGAUUACUGAAAUAAUGAAGGUCGAUGUAUCAGAUGCUACUUCAAAGAAACUAUUGUUCUUAUGAAUUGUGUUUCAAAUCUGUCGAUCUUGGUUCAGCCAUGCCAUUGCAUAACCAAGCUGAAAUGCUGGUGUCUACGUCGCUGGAAUUCCGGAAUAAUUUCAGAGGGGUGCACGUACCUUGCUUAACUCCAAGCUCAGGAGACCUAUUGAACGUGAUGUAGUGCUGACGUCAAAAAGAAAAAUAAACGAAACAGAAAGGAGUCUUUCAUCAUUAGCUCAUCUUAACACGAAAUUCUAGAGAGAAAAAAAAAUACAAUGCUCGUGUUGUGAUUCUUCCUUUAAAAAAAAUGUCUACCCCAUUUCUGAUGAAAUGUAUUUUUUUCGCGGUGAUUGUCGUCUGCUGCUGUGACUUGCGCCUUGCCCAGCGUGUGCCGAGGAAGGUCGUGACGCUGCACGCGCUGGUGCCCAGGCACGCGAUAGUCCGGGAUCUGAACAGGACCAUCAGCGUCAAGUUCCAGCGGUCGGCUCGAAUUCGUCUUGUGAGGACUCACAGGAAUUUACUACGUCAGUUCGACUUUCGUGUUAAAUUCACCGUGAUGCGAUUCGACAGUCCCGAGGAGAUACUACAAGCUUUCUGUGAUACCACGUUCACGACGAAUACCGUCACGCUGUUUCAUAUUAACAACCCGCUCUUUAUGUCGUCACGGAAGGCGUCUAACAAAUAUAUCAACCAACUGGCCCAUUAUCUCGGUCUGCCAAUGAUUUCUUGGGAUUCCGAGUUCUCGGCUAUGUCUGUGGGUAACUCUUCCAGAAACAUUCAGAUAGCGCCGACGUUGCAGCAUCAGUCUCGCGCCAUGUUGAAGAUGCUGGAGAAUUACAAUUGGUCAGAUUUCUCUGUCGUCACGACGCAGGCGGCGGGGAACCAGGACUUCUUGUGGUCGCUGCGUACGGUCGUGCAUGAAAGCCAGAAACAGGCGGCAUACACAGCCGCAGGCGUCAAAACAUUUAGGUAUAAGAUAUUGCAAGAGAUUAUAAUUUCUGAUGGGCGGAAUGAAACGGACGUACACGAGGAACUGUCCAAACUCGUGGGAACACACACUCGGGUCAUACUGUUACACUCCGACAAUCUCGAGUCGAAGUAUAUACUGGACGAAGCGGCCAGGCUGGCCCUCACGACGAAGGAAUACGUCUGGAUCCUCACGUCGGCUGCCAUGACGAGAGGCUCAGCAUCCGUCGCCUACCGCGGCUUCCCGUUAGGACUCUUUGCUAUUUCCUAUGACGUGGGCAAAAACGUGAUGCGUGAGGCGGUGGAGACGACAGUGGAUAUCUGGCUGUCUGCGUUAAACAAAAUGGCGGGAAACCAAACACUGAUGCAGACGACAUCACUAGAACCUGUCUUCUCGUGCAACUCCACCACUCAGUACUGGAAGGAUGGUGAAGUUUUAUACAAACAUUUGAAAGACACUGUGUUGAGGUAUCCACGAAGGACGGAAUUUACGGACGAGGGAACACUCAAGCAUACAGAACUGAAGAUUAUGAACGUCCAGAAGGGAACCUUGGGAAAGAAAUACGUGGAGGUUGGCACAUGGACUUGGAAGGGUUUAUCCAUGAAAGGAAUCACGUGGUCUGCAGGAGCUAAGAAUCCGCCAAAGGGGAAACCCGAGCGCUACUUCCUGAGGAUCGUCACUGUCGAGGAACACCCUUACGUCAUCUUCCGGCCACAUGACCACACGGGGCAGUGCGGCCAUGAAUCCGUGCAAUGUCGAGCUUACCAAAGAGACGAGAACAAGACACGAGCCGUACGAAAACCAGUUCUAGGCUUUGAUCUUUGGUGUACAGCGUGCAUGGAACCGUACGACUACCCGUCCUGGGCUUUGAUCCUGGUGUUCAGCGUACACGCCACGGGAACCUCCAUCUUCAUCUUCGAGUGGCUCAGUCCGUACGGACUAGACCAGGGACACGCUUCCAUGCGAGAACACAAGUUCUCCCUGUUCCGGUCGUUCUGGCUGAUCUGGGCCAUGCUGUUCGGGGCCGCCGUGUCGACGGACGCCCCUAAAGGAAUAUCCAGUCGCUUCCUCGCCAACCUCUGGGCGCUGUUCGCCCUCGUCUUCCUCGCCAGCUACACCGCCAACCUCGCCGCCUUCAUGAUCACCAAGGAGGAGUACUAUGACCUGAUCGGCAUCGACGACAACAGGUUGCGCAAUCCUCAAACAACGAAACCACCGUUCAAGUUUGCAACUAUACCAAAUGGAACCACAGACCUCAGCAUCAUGGCGAACCAUCCCAAGAUGCAUCAGUACAUGAAGCGGUAUAAUCCGCCUACCAUAGAACUUGGUAUACAGCAGCUGAAGAAACAGGAACUGCAGGCGUUCAUUUACGAUGCCUCGGUGCUCGAAUACUACGUGGGCAGGGACGACGGCUGCAAGCUCGUCAUCGUGGGCGACUGGUACGCCAGGAACGGAUACGGGAUAGGCUUUCCGAAAGCGUCGCCGUGGAUGGAGCAGAUCAACUCGGUUCUGCUGGAAAUGCAAGAUGUUGGUACAAUAGAGAAACUACAACGAUUCUGGUUGGCUGGAGCCUGCAAGAAGAAGAAAAAGAAGGGUCUAUCUAGUCACACUUUAGGGAUUUUAAAUUUUACAAGUGCCUUUAUUCUCCUUGGAGGGGGAAUGGUGUUAGGGGCCCUGCUCCUGAUACUCGAACACAUGUACUUUCGUUUUGGGAGAAAGAGUCUCAAGAAAUGGGACAAGAAAGGAUGCUGUUCUUUAAUUAGUCUGAGUAUGGGGAAAUCUUUAACAUUCGAGCAAUCUGUGAUGGACGCCAUUGACUUCGCCAAGAAGUACAAGUGCAAAAACCCGAUCUGCGAGACUCAGCUGUGGAAAGUGCGUCACGAGCUAGACUUGGCUCUGAUCAAAAUCGACGCUUUACAGAAACAAUUAGCAGAGUUGACAUCACCGGAAGACACAGCUAUUUGGAAAUAUAACCCGGAUGCUACGCGGCAGCUCAACGGUGUAUCGCGACGGAGAGGCAGGGACAUUAUCGAGCCUGCGGACUCAAACUCUGUUGUAGCAGACGAGGGUGCGAGUCUGCCUCAAAAUGAUAAUAAAAGAACGGGCGCAGUAGUGCCACCUAGUGAUCCAAGUUGGACAACUCCAAAGGGCAAUAGAAAGGUUGAUGGAAAAUAUUAUUUCGGUGUGGACGACAGUGUUGAAAUGGAGAGUGCUUUCUAACAAAAGGAUGGCAGUUAACAUCUGCUGAUUGGCGAAAAUGUAUUUAAAUAUUUAUUUACACUGUGUGUAUUAUUAAUAGUCUAAGAACUACAAUGCCUUUAAUCAGAAUUUUAGGUAAAGAAGGUUUGACGAGCCUACUUGAUGUGAACAGUGAUGCUGAUGCCACAAAAUAGCAGUCUUAUUGUCCUCACAUAAGACACAAUUGCCUUUUGGGCCAAAAAUGACAAAAUCAGAUAUCUAUUAUAUGAUUAGUCUGGUGUUACCAUAUUUCAUUACACACCAGUGUAAAAUAUUGUUCAUGUCAUAACACUCGCUCAAUAUUUAACUAUUGUAAUAUUGGCGUGACGUGAGCGUGGCGUAGAUCACUUAAUGGCCCAAUUCGUAAAAAGAAUAACGUGUAGUAAGUCUCGACAUCUGCUUACUUCUGCGUUGCGGUUUGUUUCAUUUGGUUUGUAAUAAAUAAAAUACUAAACUAGCUUGCCUGUCAUACCGUUUUUAUGAAACUCGUGAACAGUGUUUGUAUAUGACUCGCUUUCGCUCGUCAGAUACCAAACCUGUUCACUAAUUUCAAAAAUAUGGUAUGACCGGCAGGCUCGUUUUGUACUCUCUUUCUCUCUCUCUCUCUCUCUCUCUCUCUCUAUAUAUAUAUAUAUAUAUAUAUAUAUAUAUAUAUAUAUAUAUAGAAAGAGAGAGAGAGAGAGAGA